GAUGAAAGUACAAACACGCCAAAUAGUGCAUCUAAUUCUCCCGCCAUAGAACAACAGGGGGUGGCCUCUCCGUCAGUUGGUACCUCCUCUAGUGGUCGAGCACGCUCCGACCCAACCCACCAACACCACUCCCAUCUCCAUGUACACUCCCACUCGGCCCACCAUGGAGGGGGAACCCAGUUCCCCACAAUGGAGUGUGAAAGCCCUGCUGGGUCUCAAGUGGGAAGCACAGCAGGAGGGACACGGUCUCAGUACCAACAACAACAAUCCUGGCCCCCAGAGGCCAGUCAAGGACAAUCAUCUGGUCACCUUGGCACCAAUGCCGUUACUUCUCAUGUACAUUUACCUGGCCAUAGACACCAUUCCUCACACCACCACCACGUGGUGACCGCGCAGUCUCCACCAUCAUUGAACGCCUCGGUGCCGUCUAACCUUGUGGGGCCCCCUCAGGGUGUAUUACUGAGUGGGUCUGUGCUGACCUCAUCAGAACAGGUUGUGUAUGGGACAAGGACAGGAUUUCCUGCUUCUGGCAUGUCGGUAGAUAUGGUCCAGGCAGGACACCACUCGCAUCCCAAUAUAGACCCAUCACUGAAUAUGCAAUUACAGGGCUACCCCCAACAGUAUGGACAGUACACCCAACAAACCUGGCAAGGAACUGGCUUUCCUUUUGCUUUGACUUCUAGUAGUGGGGGCACAGAACCCCCUCCUACACAUGCACGGACAGUGACAGAGCGUUCCGAUGACUCCCCAAUGGUUGGGGUCAUAGUACAGCAAAGUCCAGUAGUGAUUCAUUGAUGAUGGGCGUUCCCUGUGUUACGUUUUCAUUUCUGCGUUCUGUUCUCUGACACAUGCAGCUGGCAUUUUGCAGAGGAUUUCUCACUAAGUCACAGAUAUUGGAAGAGCCAGUGAAUAUGACAAGAACUACAAAACCCCAUUUGUAGUUCAGCUUCCCCGUAAAGGAAGACAUGACGACGGUCCGUGCAGUCGUGGCGGAGGUCCGAGUGUUUAUUGUCACAUGACCAGGUUAUGAAGGGCCAUGUUUCUGGAGUUUAGUGUGAGCUUAAAAUUAAACUCAUUCAGCUGAAGCUUCAAAUUACAAUUUUCAAAUUGUCUAUACAAAGUACAGGUCACUAAUGUUUCAAUGGUCAGUUCCUUGUGGACAGAAUGAAGUUUAUGUCAUGUCUGAAAAAUGUUUUUUGGUUGGUAUUCUAAAUGAAAUGACUAUUCUCUUUUUUAUUUAUUAAAAAUAAAAUGUAAAAACCGAUUGCUUUAGCAAUAUGCAACAGUGUCAAAAUUUACAAAACAAACCUCUAUCUCUUUAAAUUUGAUUGCUAAGAAACAAUUGAAUUCAAACAUAUUUUAAAAAUGUUUCAGUAAUACAUGUACAUGCAUUGUUAACAAAACUAGAUUGUUAAAAUCCCAACAUAUUGUAUUUUUAAUUUGGCAGAAAUGUGAUGUGAAUUCACAGCAGAAUGACAUAAUAUUUUCAUUCCACAGAAUCCUAUUUGUUGUCCUUGUGAACUGGUCCUCGUGGGGAGGAGCACCAGUGUAUGUAGGGUACUGACAUUUUAUACUAGUCAUGUGAGGCUUAGACAUGUUAGAUACAGAACGCUGCUGAAUGUUUGAUGGUUUUUCUUGACAAAUUUGUAAAUAGUUGUAUUAUGUACAGUGACUGAGUCAGGUCAGUUGUUAAUAGGAGGAGGAAGAAAUGUGUAACAUUUCCUCGUUAUCUGUAGAGAGAGGGACAACAUGUAUGGUGUACUUCAAAUCUUGCUUCUUUUGCCACUCAUUCUGACCUUGAUUAAAAUGCUGCUAUUUCCUUUUUACUGAGCUACAUUCAUUGUUGCCUUUAAUGGCCCAUAUCCUUAUGAAAUUGACCAAUUGUUGAUCAGAGAUUUCUUAUUUUCUUAAUGAGUGCAGAACUUAAGUCUCAUGUGUCAUUUACCUCACAAAGAAAGUGAUUUUUUUAUUAGUACACACUGGUAUUAUUAUAAAGUAUGAAUGAAAUGGGGCAUGUGGACUAUUCCGUAUUUAAAAUGAAUACAAAUUUAGAAAAAUAACCUUACUCCAGCAGAAAAAAAACUGAAAAAAAAUACUGAAUUAUCCAUAGAUAAUGUUAUUUUUCCUGAUUUUUUAAAUCUGUAUUUGAAUUUUAAGGGGCUAUUGUUCAGGAGAUGUGAUGUCUGGUUGAAAAUGAUAGUAUUUAUUUUGAGAAUGGAGACAUUUUAUUUUAUGAAGACUGUCAAUGUUGUCUCGGUUUUUGUUCAGUCUUUUAAUUUCUUUUAAUGUCAAAUAUAAUUUUUAGAAUGAUGACACAGCUAUGAACACGUUUUUUUUAAAGAUUCAUCUGUACAUUUUUUUUCAGUUCGUCCUUCCACUUGCAUGAUAAAGUUUUAAAUGAAAAAGUGUUAAAUUUUUAAAGAAUUUUUUAUUGCCGAACUAUUUUUGAACUCCAUGUUUCUUAUGUCAAAAUAUAGCUCUUAUGUCCUUCUGAACACUUGUGUGAUUUAAGAUGGUAUACAGUUAUUAGAAGUCCUUUUUCUGUUUUAAUGUUAGAAUUCAUAGGAAGGACAUGCUUAAGAAACAUUUGAGUGUUUUCAGCUCUGUUUAAAAAAAGAUUAAACAAACUUAAAUGUUCUUGUUAUCAUCCACUAGCAUAAAAUGCCAAAAAAGGGAGAUAACUACACCAACAAAAUAUAUAAUACAAAGAGAAUCAUUAAAUUGUCAUUAACACAA